UAGAUAUCGAGCGACAAUACUUUUUUAUCUAAGUAAUUUUUUAAUAUUAAAUAAUAUAAAAAAAGAUGUACAUAACAUUUUCAGUAUAAUGUACAACGUGCACUCUUUUGAAGAGCGUGCGUUAUUUUUUUAUCUCAUUCAUCGUAGGAAAUGCUGUGUGUACAAACAUAAUAGUGAAUUUCACGCCCAUAUAUAAUUUAAAGUGGACAAAAACGUUCCGGAUAUUUUCUAAAGGUUCACAAUACAAUGGCUCGUGAUUGCAUCCCGUGGUUGAACGGCGGGUGAAACGUGAAAGAGCAAAAAGCAUUUAGUGUAAAACGAGACGUUGUUGGAACUCGUUAAUAAGUUAAUGUAAUUACGACGAACGCGCGUACUUUUGCUAAUUAACGUAAUAAGUGUAAAUAUGGAUCUGCGUAGCAUUGGUGCUCUCGUCUUUAUCUGGUUGUGUCUCGUUCGCGAAAUUAUCCUUGCUAAUAAAAGUACAAACAUAGCAAGAGGAUUUCUUAUGCAUAACACGAUUUUGACUACUCGGCAACCAUGCAACUGCUCGAUGUCUUUUUCCUGCUCUUGUUGCCAAAGCGUGAUGAUUUUAUAUACUAGACAGGAGAAAAAUCUGUGUGUCAAUUUCACGUAUCAGAGGAACGGAUUAAAUGUGGAUGUCGCUUUGAGUUCGGAUACAGUCAGUACCAAAACAGUUACGAAUUUCAGGCCGAUCCAGUUUUGCGUGUACGUUCCUGGUUGCCGUUUUUCAACUGCAUGUGUCAAUAUUUUGAAGCUCCAUCAAUUUCCUAGCUCGAUUACAGCUUGCCUUCGCCUCGAUAUUUACGCCAAGAAACAACUUUGGCAGAUCAAUUACGAUUGUAUAAGCAUAUCAAUGGAAUUGCCGAUGAUGUCGACUGACGUCGAUUUAAGAACAGCGAUCGAAGUAACGUCCGCCGCAGGAAGCGAACCAUCACCGAUGACAGAAGUGGCGACAGAAAUGCCAGUGACAGAAGCAUCAAUGACAGAAAUGCCAAUGACAGAAGCGUCAGUGACAGAAAUGCCAAUGACAGAAGCGUCAGUGACAGAAGCGUCAGUGACAGAAAUGCCAGUGACAGAAGCAUCAGUGACAGAAGCGUCAGUAACAGAAAUGGCAAUGACUGAAGCGUCAGUGACUGAAAUGCCAGUAACAGAAGCGUCAGUGACAGAAAUGCCAGUGACAGAAGCAUCAGCAACAGAAGCGGCAUCAAGCGAAAUGACGAUUAUGCAAAAUCGGAAAUGAAUGUUACGGAAACAAGCGGAAGACUAGAAGAAAUUGAGGAGACCUAAAUAUUCGAAAUCGAUUUUUCCGAAGAAAUAACGCCAAUUAAAUGACGAUCAUAAUUGUGAUUAUUGUGAACAGAAAGAUAACAAGUAACGGCGGAAUACUGAAAAAAAUAAUUAGCAAAAUAAUAUUGAAGAAAAUAAUUAGUAAGCGGAAUUAAAAAUAUUAA